AUGCCCACUGUAAAGUUCGACGUUGAUGGCGCCAAAGUAGCCAUCCACAAAGCCGCAGAGUUUGCAGCUACAAAUCCCGAUUCAGCUCCCCAGAAGCUGCAAGAAGAGCUGGCCAAGGCUGGAUGCACCUACGAAAAACCCGAGGAAGGGAAGGGUGCGGAGGGUACCGAGGAGCAGGAGUCCAUCGCGCUCGCCUUCAGGAUGGUGUUGGAGGAUCUCGUUCAGCGAAACAACAAAGAAGGGAAGGAUGCCAUUCAAGAUGCGAAGGCUGGUGGUCAGGUCGUGGGUUUGCUCGAUUUGUCGAUGCAUGCGGCAAUGAGCAACAUGGUACCGAGACAGCUCCCUUUGAUGGCGAUGCACGAACUAUUCGAAGGACAGACUGCUGAACAAUGCAGCAAAGCGUUUUCGUACUUGGAGACGGUAGAUCACACUCGCUUGAAGAGUUCAGCUGAAUUGGUGCAGAGGGUGGAAAAGAUGCGCGACUUGACGGAACAGGGAGAACACAAGUACAGUCAGGCUGCGUUACUCCGUUGUUGCAACACUUUGAUGCAACGGCUGUCCAAGACUUGCGAUCUGCUGUUGUGCGGCCGAGUUCUGAUGUUCCUCGCCCAUGUCCUGCCGCUAUCAGAGAAGUCAGGAGUGAAUCUCAAGGGGGAGUUCAACAAAGCCAAUGUGACUGAAUUUCAAGAGAAUCUCGAAGAUAUCGACUACACCAAGAUGGAGGAUGAAGACAAGGACGAGAGCAAGAUUUAUCUUAAGUCGACAGACGAGAAGCUUGACGGGCAAAUGGAGGUCUCUUUCUCCUUGUACAAGACAUUCUGGGGGCUUCAAAAGUACUUACACGACCCUUCUGCGCUGUUCAGCGGCCCUGAACUUGUGGAUUCGAUGAUUCAGGGCAUGACGCUCGUUCUUGAUUGCUUCUCAUCGUACAGCCUGUCCGACACUGAGGGGAUUGCCGUGGGUCACAGCGCAGACCGAGAAUUUUACUUUCCUGCUUUCUUGACCUCGACGAAGCUGGUCGCCCUGGAGCUUCAAGAUCCGAUCUUCCGCCGACAAGUUCUGGUUCAGUACCUCAUAGUGCUGCAAUACCUGCUCGAUCGUGCUGUCCAUCCUGCGAAGACUCUAGACGUGCUGAGAACUGGUCUUUCAGAGUUUACCAAGAAGCAGAAAGAAGAUCUCAACAAGCUCAUGGACACGACGUUCGAGCUGCUCGGCAACAUUCCUCCCAGCGGGAAGGAGUUCGUGGAGACUCUCAGGAAGAUUCUACAGCGAGAAGCGAACUGGACGAGGUGGAAGAAGAGCAAGGUGGCAGAUGGUGAAGACGUUGCAAUCAAGGUGGGGGAUAAGAGGAAAAGCAUGGAAAAUGCGGGAGCGCUGUGGAAGCGAAGAUUUUUCACCAUGAAGACGAAAGACAACUUUGUCCCCGCUUCCUUUGAGAAUGGCAGUCUGUUAGAAAUCUGCAAGCCGAAGGAGCGAAAGUCCAACUCAAGCGCUGAAGACAUCGCCAACGGGCUGGGAAAUCCCAACUCAACGAAGCUCGAAGAGCGUCUUGCGAUUGUGAGGAUGGAGGCGGACCCGGAGAACUACAUCGAACAAGAGUUCCGCAAGAACAACGUCCCUUGUUGGAGAUGGGUCACGCUGAGAAUGCUUGCUUCUUAUGACAUCAACAUGUUCGACAAGGCAACGGCUGAGAACAAGUACCUCGAGGGUGUGGUCAACCACAUGGACGGGAAGGGAAAGGAGACGCACAAAGACAAGGCGCCUGCCGGAGACGAAGCGAAGGAGGGGGAGCAGAAGGAGGGGGAGCAGAAGGAGGCUGACCAGAAGGAGGGAGGAGAGGUCAAGGAGGCGGGAGAAGUGAAGGAGGCAGGAGAAGUGAAGGAGGCCGGGAGAAAGAAGGAGCAGGGGGAGAACAAGGAGGAGGGAGAGAUCAAAGAGGAAGGAGAGAGCCAGGAAGCAAGCGAGGAUGCUGCCAUGGAGGUAUCAUGA